AUGUUACAACUUAGUUAGUUGUACGGAUAUUAGAAUAAGUAUCCAAAACCUGCCUAAUUAACUUAACACAAAAGGUUCGACUCUCAACCCAUUCAUUUAAUCUCUCCAGUGAAAAGCUUUCAGUAAGAUUAAUAGGUACAGGAACUCACUCGCAUUAGAGAGAAACUUGAAUACUACAAUGAAGGCAAUCGCAAAAAGCCUUUUGAACAAGUUGUUGAGGAGAUGGAUUUCAAAUACAAAAAAUAACCUAUACAUAUCGAUCCUACUUAAACUACUUUAAAUGAAAUUGAUAGAUUACAUAAUGAUUAUCUAAAUUCUGGUAUGCGAGAUCCAAUUUAUUUGAACUCUCUCCAAAAAUUAAGACAUGAUUUUCUAAAAUAAGCAUAACCUAUUGGCUAUUAUGUUCGUCCACCUGUGCAAUAAGGACAUACACCAUCUUAUACUAAUCAUCCAAUCUAUGAGCAUUUACCCACAAGCUUUAAAAGAGAAUUGAAUCAAUAACAUUCAUUACCAGUAUUACAACACAAUCGACAGAAAACGGACUUCUCUGGAAGCAUAAAUGAUUAAAUGUUGAGUUAUAUGAGAAACGAGGAGAAUGAGGCCGUUAGACAAUCAUCAAUGGAUAGAUUGACCAACAUAUAGAUGAUUAAAACUUCAAUAGAGAAUGAAGUUGUCAAAGAAAGAAUCAACAAAAUGGCUUAGGAAAUGACCAUGAAAAGAAAAAGAGGUUUCGAAUCUAACGAAGAUGUGACUGUUCCAUAUAGUCAUCUCGAAGGAUUUACCAUUCAAUGGGACAUGGUAUCAAAAUUGCCUAUUUAAUACACUAAAGCCAGAAUUUCGUUUGGCAUAUUUAAAUAAACCGAAGAAUAUCAUGCAUAUAAGUUAACUAGUGAUUGUCUUACUCAAGCAGAAACCUAUAGAACAAAUAAAUGCAUCUUCAAUUCAAUAGAAUAAAUGAGAGAUGUUCAAGCAGAUGACAAGACAAUACUGUACAUUGAAAUUUGGGUCUUUGAAAGUGAUGGAUCUUUAUCUAUGCUUGGUUGGAGUGUCUUUAAACUAUUUGAUCGUACCGGAUCACUAUACAUAGGUAAAUAUAAACUGCCUUUCUAUCAGUAACAAUACAAACCCAGGGACCUUUUAGUGUAUAGUAAAGAGUACCCUUAUUAUGGAAAUUUAUGUAUGUACUUUAGAAUUAUGCAAUAACCUUAACAUCUCGAUGAAAUUAUCUUUGUAGAAAGUGAUUACCACAUUCCUCAUUAUCAUAUUCAUAGGGAAUGUAAAAUUAUAAGGUCGGAAAUCAAAGAUCAGGCCUAAAUCCCAACAGAUUUUGCCAAGGCCUUUGCUUAUGAUAAGCCAUUGAGAGAGAGAGAACCUCAAUUAUUUGGAGACCUACCAUUGUCGCCUACCAAAAAAUAAAGAACUCUCAGGCCUUAAUAUCAAAUAACUGAUGAUGAAUAUUUUGGCGAUGAAAAAUUAAAGGAAUCUCCAACCACUAGCAUUUAAUAAAAAUAUUAGGUUAAAAGUCGGUUCAGUAAGAAAAUCGAUACUAUAGAACAUUUACCAACUCAAGAGAAAAACAGUCAAUAAUCUAGUGAUGCCAUUAUUAAAUUAGAAUCUAUUCGGCAUCUUGAUAAAGAUUCCUAAAGAGGAUCCACAAAAAAUAUUAGAAUUUAAUUAAUUCAAGAAGAAUAGUUUGACAGCAAGCGAAGCAUAGAAGUGAAGGAGGCAACUAGGAGGGCAAAUGGAGACAAUACAAUUAGAGGAGAUAGAACUAUUAGGGGGGAUAGAACUGUUAGAGGGGAUAGAACAAAUAAAGGAGGCUAGACGAGCAGACAUCUCAUUCAAUUAUAAUAAUAAGAUGGACUAUCUAAUUAAAUAACUAAUGUUAAGUAUUUUAACAAAUUGAAACGCAAGUUAAAAGCCAAUUAAGGAGAUUAGACUGUUAGAUCUUAAAAAAAUAUUGAAAUUCCAACCGAGCCGGAUUUAGGUAGUACAAGGAAUAAAGUGGUGAUAACUGGGGCAGGAGUUGUAGUAAUGGAUAUUUUAAAAUUGAGUAGUUUGGAUACCAAAAAAUAUAAUGAAUUGAAGUUGAAAAUUGGUUUCUUUAUUAAUGAUAUCAUAUUGAAGGAUGAAAAUGAAACAGAUUGUGUCAUGACUUAAAACUUGAUUCCAAAUGAAGUAACCGAUAAGUAGCAAAGAUAUAACCUUCAUGCAGAGUUCUCCUUAGAUUAUGCUAAUAUAUUAUCCAUUUUUGAGCAGGAGGGAUUCUCUACAAAGGAUGCUUAUGUUUACAUUGCAAUUUAUUAGAAUAAUGCAUUAUUGGGCUGGUAUGUGGGUCAAUUAUUCAAAGAGACAGACGAUCUAAAUAAUCUAUAAGUAGAUUCUGGCUUAUAUUAAGUUAAUUUAAUUAAACCCCCUGGUCAAUAAGCCCCAUUUCAUCAAAAGGACAUGGUUAAAAGUAAUAUUUAAUUGGAUUUUGUUUUGAUGAGCAAGAAGGACCAACUUAAGAAUCUGCCUACAGUAAAUAAGUACACAAUUUAAGAAGAAGAGAAAGUUAAAAAUGUGGAAAAUCCAGAAUGGAAUACUUAAAUGAUUAUUUAAUUGCUUCAGGCAUACAAUUUCGUGUCCAAAGAUGAGCUAUAGAUCAGUAUAUCUAUUCAAUCUGAGUAAAAGACAAUAGAUGAUGUUCUGUAAAGAUAAUGUUAAAUAAAGGAUGAUUUGGAUAUCUUUUCAACUGAAUCAAAAAAUGUAUAUAAUUCCCAUUAUUAUACUACAUUUAGAGUAGGAAAGAAGUAUUUGUAGGAUACAUUUUCUAAAGUUAAUCUUUUAAAUUAUGUGAUCAUAAUCCAUCAGCAUAAUUAAUUUUUGGGAAUGACCUAGCUGAAUGUUUUUAAGAAAACAUCAAUGUAGACUGGUGAAUUUAGAUUAAACUUAUAUACAAUAAAUAAUAAAAAGUUGAGCUUUGAGAUUAAAUUACUAAUUAAAGAAGUACCAUUGUAAUUAGAUAUUUAUGAAAGGACACCAUCUUAUCGAAUGAGUAAAUCUAAAGGUGGUUAUACAUAAUAAGAUGAAGAUGAUGAAGUUAAGGAGAAGGAUUCAAAGAAACCUUCAAGUAUAUCUCGAUAUUUACCAAUUACAGUAUAGAUUUAAGAAUUAUAGUUAAAGAAUAAGAAGGUUGUUUUGAAGAUUUUGAAGAAUAAUGAAAUAGUAAAGUAGUAGAAUGAGGAUGAUUGUAUACAAGAGAUGAUUGUUCCAAAUUCAGCUGUAUUUAUUAUCGACAUUGAUGAUAUGUUAAAGUGUAAGGAAGGCUAUUUUGUGUUGAUAGAAGUUUAUGAUGAUGUUUUAAUAGCAUGGUUUGCUAUGAAUAUGGUAUUUAAUAAGAAACUAUACACAACCAAAUUAUUCACCGAAUUAUACAAGAGUCCAAAAUUACAAACCCCUUUGGAUUAUAAGCUGGUUAAGAAGUUGAAGGAGAAGAUAGAAUUCCAAAUUCAUUAAGGAGAUGUGCGAACGGAUAUUAGGAAGUUAAAUCAGAAACAAAGAACAGGCUUAGACAUACAUAUUCAUUCAAUUUCAAAUUUGCCAUACAACGGAGACAAUCAAAUAAUAAUUCAAUUGAUUAAUGAUGGCAAAGUGAUUCAGGAUAAAUUAUUAAAAUUGUGUUAAACAAAGUAGAAUAUGAAUAUUGUUAAUGGUUAUAUUAAAGAUUUAAGCUUUAAUUUUAAUUUAAACAAAGGAGAUGUCCCUAAAAAUAGUUAGUUGGGAAUUUAUAUAAGUCAGGAGAAUGUGGAGGUGAGAUGGUGUGUUAUCUCUUUGUACACUUUGGGGAAAUUGAAGGAAGGGAAGGUGGAGAAGAAAAUGUUUACAGGGCCAUUCAAUAAGACAAACAAGGUUUCAAAUACUGAUAUUUGUCUAGAAAUAGAGUGA